AGACCGCGGAUCUUGCGUAUCCUGCCACUAGUUGGAUGCUAACCUCGCGAGAAUAUUCAGAAGCUGGUCUGUGGACCGUUUUCAAACUUUGACCAACUUCUCUUGGUUUGUACCCGCUAAUGCGCCGUUGAGUCUCCCAGCAAAGCACCUGACAGCUCGCCGGGAGCCCUUCGGGUUACAGAGUUCAAAUGAAAGCCCUGAUUCUCGCCGCCGGGUACGGAACCAGGCUCCAGAGAGAUGUGUUGGCGGACACCACCGGAAGGUUCGCCGACCUGGCGCACGUCGCCAAGCCGCUGCUGCCCGUCGGUCGGUGCCCUUUGAGCUCACACUGGAUCCACGCGCUGACCGUGUCCGGCUCCGUGGACACCAUCUAUGUCGUGACCAACGCUCUGUACCUCAGGGCAUUUGAAGAAUGGGCGACAAAUUUCACAAAUGUCCAGAUCCUCAGCGACCAGACGACAAGCAAUGAUGAACGACUAGGCGCCGUGGCCUGCCUGCAGCUCGCUGUAAAGCACUUUAACAUAGAAGAUCAUGUCAUAGUUAUCGGAGGUGACACCCUCUUCAAAGAAGAUUUCAGCCUCAGGAAAGUUAAAGAGAGGUUCUCUGAUGUCCAGUCAAAGUGUGAAGACAGCUGCCUUGUGCUGUCGUAUCAGUGCAAAGACGAGGAAACCCAGAAAUAUGGAAUCCUGGAGGCAGACACUGAUCUUCGUGUCCUCUGUAUGAAGGAGAAGCCUCUUCCCUCAGAGACAAAGUCCAGGAGAGCAUGCCCUUGUUUCUACGUGUUUUCAAAAAGAAGUCUUCCUCUGUUGGACACUUUCCUCGAGGAAAAAAAGGAUGCUCCGAUCACAGAGAAAGACGCUCCGGGAAACUUUGUGUCUUGGCUCAUCCCGAGGAAACCUGUUUACAUUCAGGAGAUUUCUGGGCGUUUUGAUGUUGGAAACUUGCCAUCAUAUGUAGAAUGCGAUCUGUACUUCAAAGAAAAACUUCAGGACAUUGAGUCGUACAUGGUGUAAAAGGAAGUUUAUUUUUUUUAAACUGAUCCAA